AUGCGAGCUGAUGCAACUUGCCAAGCCAGUAGAUUACGUCAACAUUUUGCGUAUCAGUUUUCGCGUUCUUUAAAGAAACCAGAAAAAAAUCUCUAUACACGAUAUCUUUAUCAAAUCAGUUUACGAGAACAAAGUAAACUUUUAGAAGCUGCUGUUGUUGAUGCGUGUAAUUUAAGUCCAGGCGAAAAUGUUAUAGAGAUUGGAUUUGGGAAAGGUCAUGGUAUCCAAUUAGCUGUUGAACGCGUCGCUCCUGCAACGUCUAGUCAUUUGAAGUCUUCUGCAUCAAUGUUUUUCCUAAAAAGGUAUCUUAAAAGUCCAACUGUUAACUCUGACAUUUUUAAAGACGAUGGGUCUGUCUAUGGUGUAGAAAUUUCAGAAUAUAUGUGUAGAAAAGCUAUGAGAAAGUUAUGGCCGUAUGUUCUCGCAAAUCGUGUUGAGUUGCAAUACGGAAGUGUAGAUCAUCUUCCAUUUGUGCAACCUUUAUUUGAUGCAUGUUUUCAUGUGGACUGUUUUUAUUUCUGGCCAUCAUUAACUUACUCUUUAGGAAAGAUUUGGAAAAUGCUUCAUCCAAAUGGACGUAUUGUUACAACCUUCCAAUCAAAACAAUUGGUUGAUUUCAUGGAACGUGGGUGGUUUCAAUAUGGUAACCCUGACCCAUUAGCUUAUGUCUUAGCGCUGGAACAGUGUGGUUUUGAUAGAAUUGAAUGGCUUAAAAACCGAAUACACUUUAAUUCACAAGAAGAAGCUUAUGAUUGUAUAAUUGCUUAUAAACCAGUUGUACAAUUGUUAACUGUAUGA